AGUGAGUGAGUGAGUCCCGGAGCGGUCGGUCAGGAGAAGAUUAAGCGGCAGAAAAAUGAAUACCAGAGGACUUAGGUCAGAGAUGAAGGAGAGCAUCCCUGGGGAACUCAAUCCUUAUGCAGAAUCCUUUGGUGUACAUGACACACUUCGUAGAGGAUUCACAAAUGUCAAGUCAGAACUUUUGCCAAGUCAUCCUCUGGAGAUUUCAGAAAAAAAUUUUCAGCUCACUCAAGAUAAAAUGAAUUUUACUACUCUGCGAAAUAUUCAAGGACUGCAUGCACCACUAAAAUUGCAAAUGGAAUACAAAGCAGUACAGCAGGUCCAACGUUUGCCUUUCCUGAUGAGUUCAAAUAUUGCACUGGAAACUCUGCGAGGAAGUGAUGAGUGCAUUGGCUUUGAAGAUGUGCUGAAUGAUCCAUCCCAAAGUGAAUUCAUGGGAGAACCUCAUCUUAUGAUGGAAUACAAACUUGGUUUAUUGUAAUCAUAAAAUAAAACUCCUAAGUAUGUUUUAAAAAGAUUGGUAUCCCUUUCUUCUGCUAUACAGAAGCUGUUUUGAAUAUUUCUGGAACAUCCAAAACAGUCUUGCAAAAUGUUCUUGAUAAGACUUGAUAAAAUGUGAUUUAAGAUUAAAUUAAUUAGUGUACAUCACAUUUUAAAAAGACAAACCAAACUUAAUGCUGAAUGGAAACCAUCUAAAGAGUUAAGACUUUCAGGAAUAUUAUUUUGUACAAAGACUAAAACGCUUAGUUUUCACCUAGUUCAAGAAGAAUGCUGCAGUUUAAGCAUAAAAUGGUAACCUUCUGAAAUAUUAGUAUUACUGCCUUGUGAUGAAUAUAUUAAAUCAGAGUUGUAAAGUACACCUGUUUCAUGAUACCCAAUAGUUUGAACAUUUGAAUACUCUUAUUGCAUAAAUGAGUUACAGACUUGUACUCAGUUCAGGUUUUUUAAGUUCUUUUGACGGAAUAUUAUCUCAUUAAUUUGUGUCUUAACUGAUUGAUCAGGAUUGGAUGACUUUUGUCAAGAUGCAGUGUAACAAAAGCAUAUGCAUUGUGGUACAUUUCUACUCAAAAGUAGUUUGCUUAAUUUAUGUGGAUAAAAGUAUUUGACACAUCUAUUGGAUUAAAAAUCAGGAUUCUGUCAGAAAAUGUAAUAGUCGUCAGUAAAUUCCAGGUAGUUGAUUAUGCUUUUUCUAUUGACAGUUUUGAUCUAUUACUUAAAUACCCAAAUUUUCUAUAUUCUAGAAGUCAAAAUUAAGUUUCUGUUUUACUAAUUUCAUGGCUGAUUUCGGUUUUUGUUUCCUGUUUUGCAAUCUCUCUGGUUAUUUAAACAAAAAUGUACUUUUUUUAAAUGAACAAUAAAGUGGGUACAAAAUGCAUU